CCUAAGUCUCUUUUUUUUUUCUUUUUUUUUUUAUCACCCUUUUGAACGAUUGAUACUUUCAAUAUGACAGAUCAAGAUUCUCGGGAUUGGAUCAAACAACGAAUGACUGUAUUACGAAAAAAAGCAGGCUUUUCUUUUAACCAAGAUGUAUUUAUCUCUAUAUUGUUAUGUCUUGUUUCAGGGAAAAACAAACAUUUGAUUUUGAUUGCUCCUUCUCGUCGUAUACCCCAAGUAGCACAAAUGGCCACUGAAAUAUGUCGAGGUCUUUUUGGAUUCACCACGGCUAAUGUUACUUGUCAGCAAGACCAAACAGUAAUGGACUUUGUACAUGGUUUAUUCACUUCGUCUUAUGAUGAUGAUGAACGAUAUCAGUCUAAUUAUAAUCAACAACAACAACAACAACAAAAUGAAAGAAAAGAUACCUCUGGACGGUCAAGACGUGGAUUAUAUUCUUCAACACAGCAAGAUACCAUUUAUCAUAAAACAUCAAGACUUGGCAACACCAAUAACAACAGUAGUAAGGAUACCCCAUUUAAUAAUAUUCAUACUUCUUCAUCUCCAAUUAGUCCUGUGGACUUUACUAUUCAUGGUGAUACUGGUGAUCAUCAUCAUCGUCGUCUUAAUCAUCAUCAUCAUCAUCGUCAUCAACAGCAACAACGAGAUCGACGUAUCUCCUCCACUUCUACUCCAACUCACCAUCAUCAACGAUUACCAUAUACUGAAGAUAAGAAAAAUGUUGUUUCAUCCUCUGUAGUUGGUCCUUCUAUGAAUUUGACUGGUACCAUGACUCAUCGAUUAGCUCAAACAUUGAUCAUUCAACAAUUAAAUCAUGCAAAUGAAUUAGUCCAGGCUGCUUUAUUGGAGUUAAUUGUUACCAAGGAAAUCCGAAUGACCAAUGUACGCUACAAUACACCAAAACCCUAUUUUUUGAACAUUGUUAUUCUUCCUGAAUCUGGAUGUCAUCAAACUAUAUCUUCACCACUGUUGGAUCACUUUUUUAUUAGUUACCAUUGUAAAGAAGAAUCAUUUCAAAAUUCACAACAACAGCAACAACAACAA